AUGUUCGACCAGGCCGUAGAGGUCGCACGCAGCUCUGACGUGGCCGACGUAAUGGUCGGUCAUAACAAAGACUCCGAUGGAGAAGGGGAUGAUCGAACGAGCUUGAACGCUCCGGGCCGCACGAAUAAUCUAGUGAGUGCCAUCUGUGCUGCCAACCCCAAUACCGCUAUUGUCGUUCAGUCUGCUAGCGCAGUUAGCAUGCCGUGGAUUGAGCAGGCACACGCUAUCGUACUCGGAUGGUACCAGGGACAAGAGAACGGCAAUGCUUUGGCGGAUGUGCUACUCGGUGAAUGCAACUUCUCCGGGAAGACUUCUAUCACAUUUCCCACCUAA